AUGCCUUUCAGUAGCCUAGCCCUUAUAAGGGCGGUCGACGGAUGGCCAGAUUACCUAGGUGAUCCUGCUUCAUACAGGCUUUGGAUGAGAGAUUACUAUUAUUUCAUGAUUGAUGGGUACCCGAAGCCCUUUGGCUAUGUGCACAGAACUAUCUUAGAUGGGCUCCGACUAUCACAACGGAACUGGACAAUCAACAAGGAGCGGCGAACCCUUACGAUGAUCGGCGGUUCGUUUGAAAAACGGACUCAAGUUAUGCGCGAGACCUUAUUGCAAGCCGUCGAAAACAAGGCGACGACAAGUCCCCAGAAGUUUUAUGAAGAGGCUCUCCAGGUCGUCUCAUCCGAGGGCGAACAUGUCCUUGAUAUGGAUCGCAGUGGCCUCGAUCCGUUUGGUGUCACGAGUUACAGCGCUCAUAUGAUUGGAUUCGUAAAGGAGAAGGGUGUCAUCAAAUUCUGGGUCCCGGAACGUUCGUCUACGAAGCCAACAGUGCCCAACAAGCUCGACAGCACUGUUGCGGGUGUUGUUCGUUCUGCGGAACGACCUAUCGACUGCAUGCUGCGUAAGGUCGCGGCUGAGGCCUCUGUCACUGCAGAGUACACCAAGGCGAACAUUGUUCCCUGUGGAACCAUCUCGUACCAAAUGUCUAUUACUAGUGCCGGCAAGCCAGGCUGCCAGCACAUCAUUUCCUACCUUUAUGAGAUGGAGUUCAAGGGGGGCCUAAUACCCCGACCAGGUAAUGACGAGGUCGGCAAGUUCACUCUCAUGACACAAAAAGAAGUUUUGACAGCACUGACAAAUGGCGAAUUUGUCGCUAAUCGUGCUAUGGUUUGGCUGGCUUAUUUUAUCCGGCAUGGCAUCUUGACGCCGGAGAACGACUCGAACUUUGUUGAAGUUUGUCAGAGGUUGCAUAAGAGACACGACAUGUUUAUUGCGGAGGGACUUCCUGUCGAUGAAGGCGUCUAG